GCUCACCUCUCUUCUCACACCAAGAUGUCUUGCUACGACCUGUGCCCACCAAGAACCAGCGUGGCCGUCCCCCAGCCCAUCGCUGAGAGCUGCAACGAGCUGUGCGCCCGCCAGUGUCCCGACUCUUCAGCCUUCAUCCAGCCACCGCCUGUGGUUGUCACCUUCCCCGGCCCCAUCCUCAGCUCCUUCCCCCAGCAAGCCGUGGUGGGCUCCUCCGGAGCACCCGCCUUUGGAGGCAACCUGGGGCUGGGAGGCCUCUACGGUGCCGGGGCCACUCAGGCCUUGGGUGGCCUCUGCACCUUUGGCAGACCCUACGCUCCUGCCGCCUGCAGCCCUCUGUCUCUGCCCCGGUACAGCCAGAGGCCCUGGAACUCCUGUGGCUCCUGCUAGAGCCAGCCCCAUAUUCUCCACGUUUCCUGGGGCAACUCACCCCUAGGCCUCCUCCUUUUCUUACCUUGCUUUCCCUCUCUCAAUGACACUUCUCCUCCCCCUUACUCCUGCCUGUGCCCAAAU